GUGUGACGUCACCGGAAGUGUUCAGUUGCUAAGCUGCGCGUCUUCAAGCAGCCACAACUUUUUUUCAACAAGUCGUCAGCAGGCUUGCAGCAAGUGAACCUUGACCUCUGCGCUGCUCCACUGCACUUGCACUUGAACAGGUGGACCAGGCUAAUUCCUGACGUUCCAGUGAGUUCCAGUGUGUUCCAGUCAUUAGUCUGAGCCGCUGGGACAUUCAUGGCUGUGGCCAGCGCCACGAAGAUCUCAUGGCGACUGCAGGAGUUUGAGGCUCACAGCAGUCGAGUCUCAUGUGUGUCUCUGGGGAAAAAUUCCGGUCGUCUGCUGGCCAGCGGUGGUGAAGACUGCAGAGUCAACAUCUGGUCUGUGAGCAAGGCCAACUGCAUCAUGAGUCUGAGCGGUCACAAGAAGCCAGUAGAAUGUCUUCACUUCAACCCGCCAGAGGAGCUGCUGGCCACCGGUUCUCAGUCCGGGUCUAUACGAGUGUGGGACCUGGAGGCCGCCAAAAUCUUGCGCACUCUGGCUGGACACAAAUCGAACAUCACCAGUUUGGGAUUUCAUCCUGUUGGGUACUUUUUGGCCUCCAGCUCCACGGACACAAAUAUCAAGCUGUGGGACAUGCGGAGGAACGGCCACCUUUACAGUUACAAGGGCCAUACGCAGGCUGUCAGGAGUCUGGCUUUCAGCCCCGACGGGAAGUGGCUGGCAUCGGCGGGGGACGACCGCACCAUCAAGUUGUGGGACCUGAUGCAGGCCAAGACCAUCAGCGAGUUCAACGCGCACGACGCCGCUGUCACCGCCAUCCAGUUUCAUCCAAAUGAGUACCUCCUGGCGUCCGGCAGCGCCGACAGGUCCGUGAAGCUGUGGGACCUGGAGAAGUUUUCCAUGGUGGCCUCGUUAAAGGGCGAUACCAGUCCGGUCAGGUGUAUCCUCUUCAGUCCAGACGGAAGCUGCCUGUUUAGCGGCUCUACAGACUCUCUGCGUGUUUACGGCUGGGAGCCCGACCGCUGCUUGGACUCUGUGGCGGUAGGGUGGGGCCGAGUGUGUGACCUGGCCGUCUGCAACGAGCAGCUGAUCGGCGCGUCUCACCAGCUGAGCAGCGUGGCGUCCUACGUGGUGGACCUGAAGCGCGUCAAGACGACCCCCACGCUUCCAGGAGUCGUCCAGAACCAGCAGCCGUCGUCCGAGCCCAAGGGAGUGGCGCUACGCCGCAGCUACGAGCGACCCGUGACCGACUGCCGUGCUCAAGGGGUGAAGCGCAGCUCAGAUGCUGACAGGCGGAGUCCUGAAGGCGAGAGGCGGAGCCCUAGCGAGGACGAAGCGGACGAGAAAGUUUCUUCGGCUGAAAUCCACAAUGCGGAAGACUACAAGGAAAUCUUCCAACCCAAGAACGCCAUCUCUCGGACUCCUCCCAAGAUGGCAGAGCCUUUCCCCGCCCCCCCAGAGGAUGAACUUUCGUCAUCGUUUGGACAACAUAUCCACAACUUGCCCGUUAUUCCCGACAAUCUGCAGGUGUCGCCGUUGUCCACGUCCACGCCCAUCCAGAGGGUGGAGCCAAUUGUGGUCACCUGCACCAAAAACCCCGCCCCCUCAGGUCAGGUGUUCCCAGCCCCUGCCAGCAGAAUGCCGCCACCACCACCGCCACCGCCUCUUCAGACGUCCGUCCAACCGCAUCCUACAAUCUUCCCCGUCAGCAGGAACGAGCCGAUCGGCCUCAAUGUGGCCGACUUCCUGCCUUCAUCGCAGGACAAGAGAGCGCCGGUUCUGAGCGACGACGAGGCGCUGAGUCAGAUCCGCAAAGGUCACGACACCAUGUGCGUGAUGCUCAGCAGCCGACACAAGAACCUGGACAGCGUGCGAGGCGUGUGGGCCCGCGAGGGCAUCAAGUGCGCUUUGGACGCUGCAGUUUCCAUGAACGACCUGUGCAUCGUCGUGGAUGUCCUCAGCAUCGUCAACAUGCAGCCGGCACUGUGGAAACUGGACGUGUGCAUGACGAGUCUUCCUCAGAUUGACAAACUCUUGCAGAGUAAAUACGAGAGCUACAUGCAGUGCGGCUGCACGUCACUCAAGAUCAUCAUGAAAUAUUUCUGGCCGCUCAUCUCCGACACGCUCAGGGCGGCGCCGUCGGUGGGCGUGGACAUCACACGCGAGGAGCGACACCAUAAGUGCAGGAUGUGCUACAAGCAGCUGAAGAACGUCAACAACGUGGUGAAGAACAAGGCGUCUCAGGUCGGCCGCCAUGGUUGUGCCUUCAGGGAGUUGCAGCUGCUCUUGGCGCCGCUGGACGAUGCGCUUUGAAGAAGAAGAAGAAGAAAACUUUUAGGAGCUUUGCAUUCUUUGAAUAAAAUUAAAAAAAACAUUUGCAGACGAGGACAAGGAGUGUUUCUUCCAGUCUGAAGACGACUUUGCCCUGUGGACAAAAGUCCUCGCCUGGGAGAGCCUGUAAUCAAGUCUUCUACAUAAAAGCAAUGGAGGACUGAUUUUUGUCACUGAAGACUUCUGAAUGGCUCUCGGGCUACGUGAAUACAACACUCCCAGGACUUCACCACCCAUCAGGGUGUGUAUUCACCGUCAUCGCCUUAUUCUUCACAAGUCACAGUGAAAGAAAUGAAGGGAAAUAUCGUUGAAGCAGAGGUAUGGCUUCCACAACUUCUUCUACUGAGCUUCAGUCAUUGUUUUACCAAACACAAAACCAGUGAAGUUGGCACGUUGUGCAAAUGGUAAAUAAAAACACAAUAGAAUGAUUUGCAAAUCCAUUUCAACUUAUAUUUAAUUGAAUAGACUGCAAAGACAAGAUAUUUAAUGUUCCAACUGAGAAACUUCUUUUUUUUUUUGCAAAUAAUUAUUAACUUAGAAUUUAAUGGCAGCAACACAUUGCAAAAAAGUUGUCACAGGGGCAUUUUUACCAUUGUGUUACAUGGCCUUUCCUUUUAACAACACUCAGUAAACCUUUGGGAACUGAGGAGACCAAUUUUUUUAAGCUUUUCAGGUGGAAUUCUUUCCCAUUCUUGCUUGAUGUACAGCUUAAGUUGUUCAACAGUCCGGGGGUCUCCGUUGUGGUAUUUUAGGCUUCACAAUGUGUUACACAUUUUCAAUAUGAGACAGGUCUGGACUACAGGCAGGCCAGUCUAGUACCCACACUCUUUUACUAUGAAGCCACGCUGUUGUAACACAUGGCUUGGCAUUGUCUUGCUGAAAUAAGCAGGGGCGUCCAUGAUAACGUUGCUUGGAUGGCAACAUAUGUUGCUCCAAAACCUGUAUGUACCUUUCAGCAUUAAUGGUGCCUUCACAGAUGUGUAAGUUACCCAUGCCUUGGGCACUAAUACACCCCCAUACCAUCACAGAUGCUGGCUUUGGAACUUUGCGCCUAGAACAAUCUGGAUUGUUAUUUUCCUCUUUGGUCUGAAGGACACGACGUCCACAGUUUCCAAAACAAUUUGAAAAGUGGACUCGUCAGACCACAGAACGCUUUUCCACUUUGCAUCAGUCUAUCUUAGAUGGCGGUGUUUCUGGGUGUUGUUGAUAAAUGGCUUUCGCUAUGCAUAGUAGAGUUUUAACUUGCACUUACAGAUGUAGCGACCAACUGUAGUUACUGACAGUGGUUUUCUUAAGUGUUCCUGAGGUUAUGUGGUGAUAUCCCUUACACACUGAUGUCUGUUUCUGAUGCACUACCGCCUGAGGGAUCGAAAGUCACGGGCAUUCAAUGUUGGUUUUCGGCCUUGCCGCUUACAUGCAGUAGUUUUUCUAGAUUCUCUGAACCUUUUGAUGAUAUUACGGACCAUAGAUAGUGACAUCCCUAAAUUCCUUGCAAUAGCUGGUUGAGAAAUGUUGUUCUUAAAAUGUUGGACAGUUUGCUCACACAUUUGUUGACAAAGUGGUGACCCUCGCCCCAUCCUUGUUUGUGAAUGACUGAGCAUUUCAUGGAAGCUGCUUUUAUACUCAAUCAUGGCACCCAUCUGUUCCCAAUUAGCCUGUUCACCUGUGGGAUGUUCCAAAUAAGUGUUUGAUGAGCAUUCCUCAACAUUUUCAGUCUUUUUUGCCACUUGUGCCAGCUUUUUUGAAACAUGUUGCAGGCAUCAAAUUCCAAACGAUCUAGUAUUUGCAAAAAUAACAAAGUUUACCAGUUUGAACGUUAAAUAUCUUGUGUUUGCAGUCUAUUCAAUUGAAUGUAGGUUGAAAAGGAUUUGCAAAUCAUUCUGUUUCUAUUUACGGUUAACACAACGUGCCAACAUCUCGGGUUUUGUGUUUUGUAUUUGCCAGAACCCAAUAACCAG